AUGUUGGCCAGUGGAAGGAGGGAUGCUCGUGCAGAUGCCGCUCUUACUCAGAUGGUGGAGGCACUGAGGAGCGCACGACGAGCUCCCAACGGGGCAGACUUGCUUCGCGAGUACGUACCACAGCUGCUGUCCAUUGAUGCUGAAGCCGUUCUUCCAGUUUUCGUGACAACAAGCAGAGAGCGAGAGAUGCCGCUAGAAGCAGAUGAAGUCCUUCAUCUCCUUCAAGGACAUGACUCGCUCGUGCUGUCCUUCCUUGAGGAUCUUGUCGUGAACAAACAGGCCGCGCCGCGUCACUGUGCGAAGCUGGGCAUGGCCUAUGUCGCCAAAGUGGAGGAGGAGCUCUCCCUGCCUGGAGCACAGCGCAUGACGCAGACGAGAACCAAGCUUCUCAGGUUCUUGGAGGAAGCUGCCGGGGUCGACGCAGAGCUGCUACCCAAGCUCGCAGCUUUGCAAUUGCACGAGGAGCGAGUAAUCCUGUGUGGACGCGAGGGUCGGCAUCGAGAAGCUUUGCACAUCCUCGUCCUUGACUUGAAUGAUCUCUCUCGAGCAGAAGCUUAUUGCCGACUGGUAAUGGCAAGGGAGCUGCAGCGGCCGGGAGCGACGGAUGUGUCGGUGUUCAGUGCCGAUCUGCCGGGUUGGGCCCGCGGGGUGGUGUUUGGGCCAAAGAAGCCCAACUCAGGUGACAAAGCCCUUGAUGGUUUCCAGGACGCGACAUCUGCAGCGAGAGACCAUGCCGAAAGAGCACGUCCGUUGAUGCUCCUUCUGCAGAUCUUGUUGGAGGCCCACGAGGGAGCAGCCGCAAAGCCAGAAGAACACAAGAAGGUGGCAGCGGAGUACCGUGAUGCCGUGCUUUCCCUGCUGAUGGGAUAUGCUGCCCACCGCGACCUGCCACCCAACGAGGUGUUGGGAUGCUUGCCUGCGAAUUGGUCCCUUGAGGGCAUCUCGGACUACCUCAGCAAAUGCGCUCGACUCUGCUUGCACAGGCAGCGUGCUAGCAUGCUGGAAGAGAACUUGAGUUCUAUGGCCUACCUGAAGACUUUCAGCGCUUGGGCCAAGGAACGCAUGAGAAAGGUAAACAUUACGCUCGACAAAUGCUGUCCGGUUUGCAACAAGCGCUUUGUUGACAAGGACUCUGUCGGGAAAGCCUUCGUUGCCUACCCGAACGAGACCUGCGUGCACUUUGCGUGUAAGGAGCAUCCGUCGAUUUGUCCAAAGACAGGGAAGAACUUUUCAGACAACCUGUCAGUGUAUUGUCAUGCCCUCAGCGUAGGACAGGAUGAGCAAAGUUGA